CCCCAACUCUUUCCCUUUUCCAGUUUUAUUUUCCUGACUUUUCCUUGAAACCUCUUCCCUCCUCCUCCUCUGUUCUUUUCUCUCUCUCUCUCAACAACCGUUUCUGCUUCUGUUCCCAAAGUAGUCAAGCAGGACAUCGCUGAAUUUUCUUCUUUCAGACACGGCAGCAGUAAUGGAAGACACAACAUUUACAAAGGUGUUCGUUGGAGGGUUAGCAUGGGAAACCCACAAAGUCUCUCUCAGGCACUACUUCGAGCAGUUUGGGGACAUUGUUGAAGCUGUCGUGAUCACUGAUAAGUCCAGCGGCAGAUCCAAAGGCUACGGCUUUGUGACUUUUUGUGAUCCAGAAGCAGCUCAGAAGGCAUGCAUAGAUCCAGCUCCUGUAAUUGACGGGAGAAGAGCAAAUUGCAAUCUUGCAGCUUUUGGUGUUCAGAGAUCUAAACCUUCUUCUCCAGUUCACGGACACGUAGGAGGGAGAGGUGUGAAGGUCACAAGCCCUUUCAAGACACACUUUGGGACUGCAACUGCUCUUCCUUCCCCAAUUUCAUUCUCUCACUACACACUUCCUUACACUAAUCCUUUUGGGUUCUCUCCGUACUCGAUGGAUUACAGCUAUCCCACGAGCUACUACAAUGUUUAUGGAGGGGCAACUGCUCAGCAUCCGAUGUAUAGCACCGGACCAAUGACUGGUGUGGCAGCAGCGUACUACCCAUAUCUCCAGUUUGCUGAAGGAAAUGGACCCGUCACUGGUUAUGCUCCUCUCCACUACCCCAACCACAUGUUUCACUAUUCCACUGGGGGAAAUUACCCACAUCACAAUGGUGGUUCUCCAGUGUCUCUUGCACCUUCACCAGUCAUACCAUCAGUGUGCUUUGCAGUUCCACAGGCUUGACCGCCAAGGCUCACGGUUCACAUCUGAUACCAUGAUGCUGUGUAGAGGCCCUUUUCAUUUAAAUCGCUACUAGUUUCAUCUGCAUGCCUCGAAGUUCCACAAGUCCUGUGGCCUAACCAUGGUUGCCCUUUGCCCUUUGUGCGUCUAACCCUUUAGGCAAGAGCCCAUAAAUUUGGAGUUUGGGCAUCUUUGCAAGUUCCAGUUAAGUCUCACAUAGGGUUUUAACUUGGACCAUAGUCAUACACAUUACUCAUCUUUUUCACAUUGCAUCACACCCUUCUGAACAAAAAAGGUUUCGUUCAGAAUAGCUUGUACAAGAAGUAUCAACUUAAGUAAGAGUCACCAUGUCUUGCAUUAGUGCCCCAGAAAGGCAAAAUCAUUUUUUGUAGAAAAACUUAGGAUUGGCUGAUCAACAAGAAAGGAAAUAAGGAUUUCCCGGGAAGUGAGUUGCGACCACCUGGAAGUGUUUUUGAAGUAGUGUGUUCAAAGGUGUGAACACUACUUCACGCAAUAUCCAAUUUAAUGUAGUAGUCUUAGGAUGAUUAGAUCUAGCACUAUGUAGCUAGGACAAGGACAGAAAAGAAAGUCACAUAAACUUCCUUUUGAGGUUAAAGGAAGUAAUGUUGUUUUGUGAACUCAUGUAUAUUCUCGGUGGCUAAAGCUUUUGAGUUAUAGCCACACUUGAAAAUAACUUUUAGAUUAAGAUCGUUUUAAAGAGUCAAGACUUAGAAUGCUCAUCAUAGUUUCAACCAACCAACCAACCUCCACUGAUGGAAUGUGGGGUCAUUGCAUUUGCAUGUUUUUUUUCUUUUGCCUCUUGGGGAGAUAUUUUGGGUUCCCUUUAGGUUUUUUCUCUAAAACAUCAACUAAAACAGUUGACAAACCAACCAUGGUUAGGAUUCAGGUGAGAGGUACUUAUCACCUCCUUAUCUCUCUUUUUACUCUUUCCUCUGUUUCUUCAAGACAAAAAAAAACAGCAAACUCUACAGACUCUUUAAUGUAUUUGUUGUUUAUCUUGUAAGCGUGUGAUUUCUGAUUCUAUGUAAGAAAACAAAACCUUCAUUCUCCAUCCACGGUGGAUGGAAAAUGAAAUGUGUGUGAUUGCAAUAUUCACUUUGAUAUAUGAUUUAAUGCUCUCUUAUGACU